GGUUAGCUGGUGAGGCAGAAGUGCAUGAGGAGGAUCAUGAUGUCACUCAGACAGAGGGAGCAGACGGAGAUAUAAUGGAUGGAGAAACUGAAAAUGAUACUGUUGUGAUUGCUGGGCAACCAGAGGUACUUAGUACCCAGGAGAUGCAGGUAGAGAAUGAACUGGAGGACCUGAUAGAUGAGUUGCUUGAGAGCGAUGGUGGAUCAGGAAAUAGUACAAUCAUAGUGGGCAGAACCGGAGAGGACGAGUCACAGGAAGAUGUGUUGAUGGAUGAAGCUCCCUCCAACCUCAGCCAGGGUUCCACCUUACAGGCCAACCGAGAAGAUUCAAUGAAUAUCUUGGAUCCUGAAGAUGAGGAGGAGCACACUCAGGAAGAGGACAGCAGUGGUAGCAAUGAUGAUGAAGAUGAUAGACAAGAUGAAGAGGAAGAAGAUGAUGAUCAGGUUAUGAAUUAG